AUGGCUGUUUUCUCCGCACCACUCCAAUCGCAGUGUUACUUUUUCAACAUCCCACCAGAACUCAGAAAUGCUAUCUAUGAAUACGCCCUAACCGAGUUCAUGCCCCUUCUUUGCACUGCUGGCGAUGCAACUGGCUCCCCAAAGCUACUGUUGCAAUACCAACCGGGGGAUAAGGAAGCCAGACGCGAGGCUAACCAGCUGAGGUACGUCUGUCGUCAACUCAACUACGAAGCUCGAACGCUUUCUCUACGAUACAACGAUAUCCACUUCCACGGAAUUGAAAAUUUUGAGAGCUUUCUCCUCUCUAGCAUGCAUACCCUGCACAGGCGCUUCCGCAAUGUUAUCAUCCUCGACGACCAUGAAAGCCUGAAGAAGAGCUAUACCAUCAACCAGCUGAUAGACCGUUCCAUGUCUCCAGUGCUAUAUACAUUUUGUUCUCGGAACCCGAAAGCACGAGUCGUCAUUCGGAAUUCGCGUCGUUUCACCGAAGGUGCUUGGUUGACGAUCUACGUUAAGCUGCGGCAGACUCUGCGUGAAGAUAUGGAAGAGAAGAUGGAGACUAUGUUUGAUGCCGAGACUGCAGGUCUCAUCAAAGAGGGAUCCAUCUCACUUAGAAGAGAUCUCGUCGAGAAAUACCAACGACCCUUCCUUCAGAAUCUGAGGAUUGCACCAACCGCUGACUAUCCGCAAAUGUCGACGUAUUGGACCGAUGUGCAGCUUGCGGAGGCUAAACGGCUAUAUGAGGAGGGCUGUUGA